GCCUUUUUUUAUAUGCCUACUUAUGCUCUACGAGCUCGUAUUUUUUAGGUUUAUGACAGAAAAAAAAAGUCAACAUCGAGAUGUUCUUGUGCACCUCGAAUAAGCCACGUAGGUAUCCAGAAAUUAGGGCUACAUAUAACAGCUCGUUUUAUGUCGUAUGCUACAUUUUCGGCUAGUUCCGUAUUAUAUAGCUCUCGUUUCUAUUCUCAUAUAACACGUCAAAAAAACUUUGCUUGUUUUAUGCCUCUAAAUUCAAUUCAUCGCUUAAUAUCUUCGCAUGGGUCUUUUAGUUAAGUGUCGGCUAAAAUCGGCGAUCGUCAAGUGGAUGAAUGCAAGAACCACCUUAACCUAGAUAAUAUUAUAUGGCUUGCCUUUAUUACGUAAUAAAUAGAGAACUAUAUUUGUGGCAUGACGGCUUGUCAGUAUUCUUUUGGGCACUUUUUGAAAAAGAUAAUUUCACUACAAUAUCGUUUACGUCUAUUUUUGGAUUUUUUUAACCCACUCUUUAACCUUGGCGGAUUUCCAUACGCCUUAGACUGCAGUUCUAAAUGCCUUAGUUCAAUAUUUCUGACUCCCUGGAGGUCAAAAAAAUUUAGAUCACACCCCGUCUGAAUUAUUAUAACUAUUAUACCAUACUACUUAUACUAACGUAACUAUUAUACAUAGGCUCCUAUAUGAAGCUGGUCCCUCGUUACGUUAGGCAACGGUAGUCACUUAUUUAAGACACUCCCUUUCAUGCAACAAUUUUUUUUUAUGUAACUUAUAUUUGCGUCUUGAAACUAAAAGGUGCUUUACCCGUUUUGGCCCGCCUUGACAAUGUAGUGAUCACCUCAGGGAUUCCAAAAACGGUAAGUUUCUUUCAAUUCUGCUGACUUUCAGCUAAUACAGUACUUCAAACAGAUAAACCUUAUUACAAUGUCUACAAACAAUUCGAAUCCCGAGAGCAGUUGUUAGCUUUGAUUAAGUAACUAUGUACGUAAAAUCGUAAGUAAGUAUAGCGUAGGCUGGUAGACACUUGAUAGCGUUGACCGAAACCGAUCGUUGUAACGAAAAGUUAAUAUUUCUAUAAAAUGAAAAAUAAUUGUUUCUUUUAUUACUAGGUUCUAAUGAUGGUAAACUGGCUUUGUUACAGCUGAAUAGACUGAAUACAUCAGGGAUAGUUGUUUCCUAUAGCGGUGAUGAUGAAUACCAAACAGGUGGCGCUGGGGGUCCUGGUUUUUGCUAUUUCAGUACUCUUUGUCUUCGCGGUUCUUUUCGGCCUGUAUAAGGCGCUAUCGGGCACUCAAGAGGAGCCACAUUCUUCUCCACUGCUACAUUCGAUAAGAUUGGACUUCGAUCCAUGUACUGAAACGGCGUUGGAUUCGUCUGUAUGUUUCACUUUGGUCAUCUUCAGCCACACCAAAAACGAGAACCUGCGCGGUCAGCUCGCUUACAUGUAUGCCAACGACACCAUCAAGCGGGAAUACUGCUUCAAACCAAUGGUUGUUGUUUUCGACGGCCGUCCGAACAACAGUUUCAUCACAAUUAAGAUCAAGAACGAGAUCAGCCGUCCGACAGUUUUAAUCGAGAAGGUUACUCCCGCAUUUUUAGCUCUUCUCCGCAAACGGAACCAUCUAUACGUUUUCGUGUUAGAUUCGUUUGCGCCGCAUCCGCGACAACUGAGUCAGGUGGUCAGCGGUCAGAGUCAGAUCUGGAAUUGCACCCUGAGAUAUUGCUCGGUGUUUGAACGGCUUUUUUCUCCAACAGCCUGCGGAAGCCACUGCAUUACGACGCUAGGCUCAGCGCUCACAGGUUGCACGCUGUCAUCUAUAGUGAAUGAUCGGCAAGCAGAAUUUUUUGAAGGAUGGUCAUUUUCUCAGGAGGUCCAGGCGGCGCUGUUUGCGGCCCUUCCUGAAGGCUCUUCAGUCUACGAAUUUCAUCGCGAGCACUCCAGGGGUAUUAUGGUUCGCCGCAUGGUCCGACAUCAUCGUAUCUCACUGUCCUAUAGGCCCGGCUAAAUCGUGGCUAGGUCAUUUCGCCUAUUUUUAAGCAAUGAUCAUCAAAGAUUGACUAUAAUUUUCAAUUUAAAUUAUAUGUUUGAGUUUAGAAAUAUCUGGCACUAUAGAACUGUUAGAUGCAUGUCAUAUACCACUGGUGAUACAUGUAAGUUAAACCAAAUCUCAGUUUGACUCCAAAGCCAUGCAUAUUUGGGCAUUCACUGUAAUAGCCUAGUGUAUAUAACACUUUUACAUCUCCACCGUAGACGCCAACGUCCUGUGAUGUUUCGUUCGACAUUCGAGAGCCGUCACUUGGUUCUUAGGCUUGAAAAAGCAAUAGUUCUAAUACCGCAGUUACGGUGGAUCAGACACUAGGUCAUUGUGACCGUUAUUCGUCGUUAUUAAUGCUUUGUUUUUUUUGUUCUGAUCACACACUUGUGUGAUGUAUGCCGUCGGAGCUUGAUUCAGUGAUCCCUGAUCGUUUUGGUUAGAGUUCUAAUCAUCUAAGUCACCAUAAAUUACGCUUUUUUUUUUUGCUUAGAUCCCUAAUGGGCGCAAUACUACAAUAUAAAGAAGCAGCUUGCUGACUCAUGUGGAUGGUAAAUAACAGUCCAAUGAUGGUUCGAAAUCCUUAAAGCCAACAUUUAGCCAGUAGCUUAAAUCUAGUACUUGGCUGAAAUUUGAUUUUAUAGUAUUUACUAUGGAUUCAUUUCCCGAAUUUUCCUCCUAAAACAAUCGGCAAGCCAACGACGUUGAGCAUAUUUUAAAGUUGUAGUAACUCCUGUAGCGGUCAGAAAAUCGAGUGUCAUACCAUUUACUUUUCAACAGAGAAGUUUACAAUCGUUAAUGAAAAUGCUGAUUUAGAUUUUACUGUUUUUAAACGUAACUGGGAAGUACUUAAUGGAUUUUGCGCAAGUGUUGCAAUGGAAACAACAGCGAAACGCGUUGCUGGUUGCAACAUAUGUUGGACCUGUUGGUUUAAACAAUGAAUGAACUUACUGAAAUACAAGUGCCAGCAAUAAAUGCAGUGAUGGGUCACGGUCGAAUAUUGAAUUAUGGUAAUAUCGUACAAAGGAACGAAGAUAUAUACUGAUUUGCAAGAGUUUUUUUUAUGUUUCAUUUAUUCUACUGAAAAUAUAUACGAACGCCCGCAUGAGGAUCAUUAGUAAAGAAAGUUUGUA